AUUGGUUCUACAGAAUUACACACGUGAUUUGAAAGCCCAAGUCAUGUUGAGAAGUAGAACGGUACUGUCACCUUCAAAGACUUUAUUAAAUGUGGGGCGUAUUUAAUAAAACCAUUUUGGCAUGCCUCGGUAUCUUCAUCAAGGAGUGAUCGCGAGUUUCUCGCUUGUAAGAAAUGUUUCCCUAAUGGGCAGAGUUCGAGAACAUUUUAACGACCGGUUGUAACUGACUACUAAAAUGGGUAAUACGGUAACUUCUAGUAUAUCCUGUCUGGAUGAUCGGACUAAUCAAACUCAAUUAGGUGCAUACCUGACACCCAAACAGAUCAAAUUGGUGCAGGAUUCGUGGAAUUUGAUUAAUGAUGAUUUACCUAAAAUUGGAGUAACUGUUUUCCUCAGAUUUUUUGAGACAGAACCAGAUAUGAAAGCUUUGUUUCCUAAAAUUGUACAAAUGAACGAUUCCAAUCAACUAGAAUGGCAAAUGGAUCGAGAAAUGUUACAGAAACACGCAGUCACAGUGAUGGAAGGUUUGGGUGCUGCUGUGGAAAGUUUAGAAGACUCUGAUUUUCUAAACAGUGUGAUGGUUUCUAUAGGUCAAACACAUGUUAGAAGAAAUGUUAAACCACAAUACGUAAAGAGAUUGUGGCCAUCACUACAUUAUGGACUGGGAGUAGUUUUAGGUGAACAUUAUACCAAAGAAGUUUCCGAGGCCUGGAGGAAAGUGUACAUUUACAUCUCAGCACAAAUGACAAAAGGAAUGAAAAACCCGGAUAUGAAGAUGAAUGAUGAGUUAUCGUGAUGAACCAAAGGAAAUGGCGUCAUGUUUUAUUCAAAACUUUUUAGAAUCGAAUAUUUCCGUGUCCUUCCAGUGAGGGUUCUGACAAUUGUACGGUUCGCGUUGUUAUAAACAUAAAAUCGCCUACAAUAUUCCAAUCAUUUAAUUAUGUGUAUAUUUUAUUUUGUUAUGUUUUAAGUAUUAAGUAGGCCUACUUGUUAUUACCGGGGGCUUGGAUGGCCGAUUGGUUAGUGUAACACUCUGGCCCUUGAGACAAUUUUGGUUCUUUGCAAAAAUUGUUGCUUUACUCUGUCUAUAGAGUCAAAUCACACGUACUUAAUGAACGUGAAUAUAUAGUUAUACAUAAAAAAACCCAGUGAUAUUUUGGUAAAUUCAUAACCAUUGUCAAGAUAUCCACCAAAUUCUGGCUGUUAACUGACCCAUGGUUGGUAGACCAAAUAGGGUAAUGUCUCCUCCUUUAGUCGUGUGAAAUAAAGAGGCUUAUUUCAUAUUUGGAAUGGAAAUUAACGUCAAGGUUAUCGAAGACCUGCAGAAAUUAGCUUGUGUCGAGUGGACGUUACUCCUCUCUCUCUCUCUCUCUCUCUCUCUCUCACGCACACACACCCACACACACUUGUCAUUACCCCCACCCCCCACCCCCACUUAACAUAAAUGAUUUGGCCACGAACAGAGUUGAGUAAACUUUAAGGUUACCCCCCCCCC